AUGAGCUCGACCCCUGCGGCCGUCGCCGUCGCGGCCUCGGAUCCGGGGCCAGACACCGAGCCGAAGCAGGAGAAGGCCGCGGGGCCCGAUGUGACCAUGGCGGAGGCCUCGGAGGCGCCUGCUGUCGCCGAGGUGAAGGAUGAAGAGGCCGUGGUGCUGAUGGUGGACGACGAUGCUCCGGAAGAACCAGUCACGGAGGCCGUGGCCGAUCCGCUCUAUGCCACGGAGUCAGCCGGCAUGGUCGUCGCAGACGAACCCAUGGAAGGUGCGCAGCCGGGGCUCGACGGCGCCGACCAGCUAGAACCAGCAGCCGGGGUUUUGGCGGGCGAGGCGGAGGCGAAGCCGGGUCCGGCAGGGGAUCUUGCUGAGUCCAGCGAGCCCGGGGAGAACCACGCCGGCGCGGCCCACGCGGCGGGGAGCGACAACGGCGGCGAGCUCGACAACGGCGUCGCGCAUUUCGAGGAGAACGGGCCGUCGCUCCAGUGCGCCAGGUACCCCCUCCCGCCGCUCGACAAGGAAGGUUUCCGGGUCUCGGACCUGGUGUGGGGCAAGGUGAAGAGCCACCCGUGGUGGCCCGGCGAGAUCUUUGACCCCGCGAACGCGUCCGAGCUGGCGCUCAAGCACCAGCGGAAGGGCGGCCGGCUGGUCGCGUACUUCGGGGACAACAGCUUCGCGUGGUGCGACGAGUCCCAGCUCAAGCCCUUUGUGGCCAACUACUCGCAGAUGGAGAAGCAGAGCAGCCAGGACUCCUUUGUUGGCUCUGUCAAUUACGCGCUCGAGGAGCUCUCGAGGCGGAUACUGUCGGGCAUGAGCUGCUCUUGCUUGCCGGAGGAGCUCUCGGACAAUGGGAUGUCGUAUAUGGUUGAGAAUGCCGGGCUCAAGGAUGGGGUUACUUGCUCGGCGGUUAACCGGUCUGAGAUCUUGACGUGUUUUAGCCCGGAGAACCUGCUUCAGUAUAUUAGGUCGCUGGCUCUGCUCCCUGGCCAAGGCGGUGAUCUGCUGGAGCUGGUGAUAGCUUGUUCUCAACUUACGUCUCUCUAUCGGUCCAAGGGAUGCCCUGAGCUUGCGUCGUUCCAGACUGGCAGUGCAUGGGUUGAGGAUGGUGUGGAUACUUCUCCCGCCAAUAAUGUAGUUAUUGAGGAAGUUGUUGUUGCUGAAGAGCCUCCUCCUCCUCCUGUCGAGGUCAAGCCCAAAAGAGGAAGGGGGAGACCUCGUAAACAUAGGCCCGAGGAUAACCUGGGGUUGACAGGGAAAAAGGGCAACUCCAGUGUCUCCAAUAAUAAUGCUUCUUAUAGCACUCCGCAGAGCGUCAAGGACUUCAAUGAUCUUGAUGCGAACAAGAAGAAAAGGAGUCUUGACUCGCUUGAAGAUUCAGAUGCAAAAUCACCAACUUCAGCUUUUGGUGCUUCUUUCAAGAUUGGGGAGUGCAUUCGGCGAGCUGCAAACCAGCUGACAGGAACAUCGUCCGCUGUGAAGUCCCAGAAUGAACCAGAUAAUGCCGCUGAAGCAGAGAAUGCAGGAUUUGAUGUCUCCAGUGAUGAUGCCGUGAAUGAACUUACUGUGGAAAAGUGUGCAAAGAGGAGACGCAUGCUUAGGCAUCUAAUUGCAGACCCCAAGGAGUUAUUCUCUCAGCUCAGUUCAGUUGCCGUAGAGCCAAUGGACAAAUAUAAUUCCUCCACAAUGAUAAUUAGUUACUUCAGUGAUUACAGGAAUUAUGUUGUCUCUGCUACUACUGAAGCAAACGUUAUUGAAAAAACUGCAUCAAAGAGGGGUAGAAAGAAGAGGGUUUUACCUUCUCCUGAGCUAGAGACUACUGAUCAUAUGCAGGACUCCUACUGGUCUGGUUUGAGUUUGCAUAAUCACCCGAUUCAUAGUCUGAAAAGAGCUGUUAUCAACACGAGGCCAAGGCGCAAGCGCAAGUCAGUAUAUGACUUGUCAUCGGUACAGCAUGAAGAGGUGGCUCCUAAGAAACAGAUACAAGUGAUAGAAAGAUCAAUUAUCCAUGUCGACGAAAAGAUAGUCGACGAGUGGAAGCCCACCGCACUUGUUUUAAGCUUUGGCAGGUCUACUGCUCUUCCGUCAGAAACUGAUCUGGUGAAGAAAUUUGGUCGCUAUGGGCCACUGAAAGAAUCCGAAACUGAGGUGCAAACGAACACAAAUACUGUUAAAAUUGUCUUCAAGAAGCGUGCUGAUGCUGAAAGAGCUUUUAGCGAUGCUGGAAAGUAUGGCACUUUUGGUCCUUCACUUCGUAGCUACCGCCUUGUGAAUAUGCCGUUUUCUCUAGGAGUGUCAGAACCAAGUAAGCCUGAGGCGCGACCUGGGGAUCAUGGCCCAGAGGUUUCUGGUAAGUCUGAAGUUUCGCGGGAUACUGUGGAAGUUAACCAAGUCGACAAAAGCGAGAAAUCUGAAGCUGUAAAAGCGCCAUCAGGUGAACACGUGGAGACCGUCAACAAAACAUGCCAAUCUGAACCUGUAAAAGAAUCAUCUAGUGAACAAGUUGUCCAGCAAGCUUGCCAACCUGAAGCUGACAUGGUUAAGAAAACAGGACAAAUUGAUGCCGAGCUAACUGGGCCAUCUGACCAAACUACAACAGCUAAACAUAAUGGGCAAGCUGAAACAGUUGCCAGGGAAUCAUCUGAACAAGUUAGCACAAUGGAGCAACCUUCACUUGAAAAACAAUCAGAGAUUGCCCUGUCUGGAGCUGCAACUGUGGCAGUUCAGGUAGCUGGUGCGAUCGAGCCAGACAAGGUAACAGAGGCUGAUGCUGAGAAUGAAGUUCCCGAGGAGACUAGCGCACCUAUGGAAUUGCAAGCUCAGAGUUCUGCUGAAAAACCAGUGGAACAAGAUGCAGCUGAGCAAACAUCGGAAAUUCAAGCUCCAAAAGAAGCAUCUGCCCUGUCUGGAGCUGCAACUGGGGCAGUUCAGGUAGCUGGUGCGAUCGAGCCAGACGAGGUAACAGAGGCUGAUGCUGAGAAUGAAGUUCCCGAGGAGACUAGCGCACCUAUGGAAUUGCAGGCUCAGAGUUCUGCUGAAAAACCAGGUGAACAAGAUGCAGCUGAGCAAACAUUCGAAAUUCAAGCUCCAAAAGAAGCAUCAGUUGAAAUUCCUUGUGACUUGAAGUUGGAAAGUAAAUCUUUAACUGAAGAAUCUGUAGGUCAAGCUGCAACUGAGCAAGUCAAAGCUCCAUCAGAUGCUGUACCCCCUGACAGUUCAGAUGUUCAAGGAUCUGAACUGCAACCAGAAACUGUGCAGUUCCAGGCUGUAGGAGGAACAUCAAGAAAACAAGAGGAUACAACAGCAGAAGCUGACACUGUUCAAGAUGUAACUGAAGCAUCAGUCCUAGAAGCUGGGCUGAGUAAGCAAACCGUGGAACCCAAAACUGCUGAAGUCGCAGCCGAACAAGUCAGCUGUCCUGAGCAAACUGUUCAAGUGGAAGAUAUAAUUGACACAUCAGAUGGACAUGCCGAUGUUGGCAAACAAACUGCACAAGAGGUGACUAUGGCUGAAGCCAUUGUUGAGGGAUCUGUGGAGUCAAAAAUUGAAGCGCCAGUUGGGGAAACUGUAGAAGAUAAAGCUACUGCCAGAACACUUGAGGAAGCUGAAGAAGGUACAACUACAGCUGAAGCACCAGUUGAUGAAAUGGAAAGCACAGAUGCAACUGAAGCACUGGAUGAGAGAAUUACAGAAGCCGGGAACACCAUCCAUUAUGCCACGGUUGAAGCACCCGAUAAGGAAGCCACCACAGCCGAGAAGACUGUAGAUGAUGGCAUGUUUGAUGCACCAGAGGAAAAAGCUACAACAGUCGAGAAAACUAUAGAGGCUGUCGCAGUUGAAGCACCACAUGAGAAAGCUACAGCAGCCGAGAGAAUCGUAGAGGGUGUUGCGGUUGAAGCACCAGAUGAGAAAGCUACGACAGCCGAGAAACCCAUAGAGGAUGCCGCAGUUGAGGAACCAGAUGAGAAAGUUACAGCAGCCGAGAAAACAUCAGAGGAUGCCACCGUUGAAACGCCAGAUGAGAAAGUUACAGCAGCCGAGAAAACCUCAGAGGAUGCCACCGUUGAAAUGCCAGAUGAGAAAGGUGCGAUAUCAAAGCAAACUGCAGAGGAUGCCAUGGUUGAGGCAGCUGAUGCUCAAGUGGGGGGUGUAACUGAACAAACCAGCUAGCUUACGCCGAACUGUUGUUUCUGUUGAUACUGAGGUAAUGUGCUCAACCGGUUCUCCCAUCUGGAUGUUGUGUUCUGUAUAGGAAGACAGGAGUCUGACCCUAGCAUUCGCGAUGCCAUUAGGUUAGCUAGGGCAUUAGCAUAUUUGGCCCCUUUUUUAUAGACAUCCAUCUAGUUGCUUUGGAAGCACACGUAUUGGUGUUGUAAUCAUAAACAGAGUUCUUGUGAAACUUUAGUGCAGCUUCCAUUGGGUUUUAGCAUCCAGAAUCAGGUAGGCAAAGCCAUGUUCUUUCCUACAUUUUUAGUGUCAGACCUAUUUGGUCAAUAUGCUGGGAUGUCAUUAUUUUUGUAUUAAUUAUCAUAUUUGUAAACUGGCUGUGUUCGGGAGCUCGUUUCUCCCUUUUC